AUGCCUUGGCAACCGCUGCCCCGGGUGGCCUUCGCUGUAGCGACCUUCCCCUUCCUCGCCGUACACGCGGCCGACCUCCCGCUCGAACUCGGCGACGAAUUGUACAUUUUCGAGGAGACCCAAGAUGGCAAUUGGCUCCGAGGAUACCUGGUCUCGCCGCCGAGUCUGCUGGCUGGCCUGACCAGCGUCAAGGGACAAACCCUCGAGGCCCGCGUCUUUAGUGGCAUCUUCCCGCGCAGCUGUGUUGAGGUUCGGGAGGUGAUGGGCGGAAAUGGCGAGGUCUACGAUGGCGAUUUCGAAAGCGAAGAUGUGUCCCAGUUGUCGCCAACACAUCUCGAAGAGGGCGACUCGGCCAAGAGUGGGAUAGAGGGAGCCAGUGCCGAGAGAAGAAGGAGGAAGUGCUCGCCGACGAAAGGCUGGAGAGAGCAUGCGGGCUUGCCGAAUGGCGCCUCGGGCCGGCUAUCGGUGCCUGUGAAGCGCGACCCGAAUGCGCCACGCCCGCCGGCACCUGUACCCAUGCUUAAAAUUGGCGACGAGACUCCGACUUCAGCCUUGGAACCACUCAUUGACGAGAUCGCCUCGUGCCUCCGGGAAUGGCACUCAACAAAUCUCCACGAGCUGCUGCUGUCUCGCCAGUACGCAAAGCUGGACACCAUGUCUAAUCUGAUCGCCACCCUCAACUUUGCGCGACAGCAAUUCCUUCACGACGUCCUGACUGACUGGGAGUACGAUGCCCUCCGGGAAAAGACGGUUUGGGACCUGGUCCGCGUCAACAAGCUGUGCGGAGCCGAAGUGAUUGUCCGCGACCCUCAUGAGCGCGGCCGGGUGCUUACCGGAGAUGACUCGGUGGUGGAGAUGACAAAAUUGCAGUCCAUCAUGAGCCUGCUUGACGAGACACCGACUCCUGUGACCGAGUUGACGGCGCUCCACCACCUGCUCGUCGAUAUCAAGGGCUUCGCCGGCGCAUCUACCGAAGACACUACCGUGGUGCUCUACCUGGCCACCAAAACCGCCGGGGGAGUGUUAACACCCCUGUCUGAGAAUUAUAUCGUCGAGAUGCCUGCCGGUGGGCAAUUAGUCCAUCUGACCCGGAACAUGCAGAUGCGCACCCUCUUCGCCGACCUGACAGCCACCGAGAUUGGGGACGUCCCCUCCAUCGAAUCCGAUCUCUUCCUGGUCGUCAAGAUCCGCGCCUCGCAGCAGGUCGUCGCCACCAAGCCCAGCUCACGGUCUGGCGCCACCUCCCAGACCCCGUUCGCCAAAGAACACGCCAAGCCGCCAUUGUCCGGUGGAAACAAAUCGGUGCGCAGGAGUUUAAUGUGGGCCGGCAAGAACACGCGUUCGGCGUUCUCGAGGGGCAACGGCAGACUCGACUCGCUGUCCGAACAACCAGAAGAAGUCGUAUUGCCGCCUACAGCAGGCAGCGAGAGCAGGGAUGGGCCGCCCCCGAGCACCGCCAACUCCAAGACGGGACGCUCGUCCGUGGACGGCCAGGUCACUCACACGGCCGAUAGAACCGCCGGUAUUGGCGUGCUCAGGUUGAACCCUGUCAUGAAGCAGGACGAAGAGGUCGAACAUAUUGUGACCAUUUGGGCGCCGUCUGCCAAGCACAUAGCCGACAGGCAAGAUGGCGAGGAUUGGGACCCGGUACUGCGUGAGAUCAUGGAUAGCAAGACGGGUUCCUACGAGAAGUCGAGGAGAGCCGAGCGCCUGCAGGUACACCUCCGGGCCUUCAACAAUCCGGAUGCGGAUGCUCUGAUCAAAGCGACCCCAACAGCACUGUCCAACAUCUGCAAGACAAACAAGAUGGGCUUCUCGGGCGCCCCGACAAAACCUAGGUCCGAUAUCUAUCUAACAAUUGACGAGGCCAUCCUGAGCCGCCAGACUCUGCUAUCAAGAUUUGGCGGUAGCCCAACAACGCUUCCGAGCAAUUUCCACGCCAACAACCUCCAGAUCAGCCUCGAAGUUCGUAGGUCAAACGGCGAGCGCGUCGAGAACUGUAUCCACCCUUCCUCCAACUCCGAGGCCGUCAGCACUUGGACCACCGUCGUCACCGAGCGCGGCGAGCCGUGGCGGCAAUCGGUCAAGCUCGUGCUCGCACCCCAGGACGUUCACCAGGGACACGUGGUGAUGCACCUUGCGGACGCGCCGAACCCACCCUUUGCGGUGGCAUACAUGCCUCUCUGGGACCAACAAGCAUUCAUUCGCGACAUGGCCCACGGCCUCUUACUCUACCGGCUAGACGAACACACGAAUACCGCCCAGCCUGGCCCCCAGGGUAAGGGCGGCUAUCUGAGCCUGCCAUUCUCUGCCAGAGGCAAGGAAGAACACCAGGCCGAGGUGACGGGGCCGCUCGCUAUAGUGCGCGUCGAGACCUACCUCUGUAGCACGAGGUUCUCGCAGGACCGGGUGGUCUUGGGGCUGCUGGCUUGGAAAGACUCUUCCCGAGAGGGGAUUCCCGUGCUACUCAAGCAGUUUAUAUUUGUUGCUGAGAUCGAGGUGGUCAAGCUGUUGAACGAUGUGCUGGAUGCUCUGUUUGGCAUUCUCUGCGAGUACUCGGGUAACGACGACUAUGAAGACCUCGUAUUUACCGCGCUCGUGAGAGUGCUGGAUAUUGUCCACGACAGGCGUUUUAACCUAGCGCCACUGGUCGACCAGUACGCCGAAAGCAGGUUCAACUACCCCUUUGCGACCCCUUGUUUGGUCAGGUCCUUUACCCGGCUCUUGUCCAAACCCACCGAGCCCGAGACGGCGAGGAAGCUCCGGGCCACCUUCAAGGUUGCGAGGCACAUCCUCAAGUUCAUCACGCAUGCCCGUGGUCAGCAAAAAGCCAAGGAGGCGGGGAUUGGGAUAACAGGCUCGAACCCAGGUUUCACACGCCACCUCCGAGUCAUCUUUAAGGCGCUCGAUGCCAUGAUGCGCAGUAGCGCGCCAGUGCUUGUGGGCAGCCAGACCCUGGCCGUCCAGCACUUCCACACCUGGCUCCCGGAGCUAGCCGGCUUGCUGACGACCGAGGAAAUCCUACAUAUUGCUAUCGACUUUAUGGAUUCUUGCUCCAGCGUCAAGGGCAAGCUGGUGUUGUACAAGCUGGUCCUUAUUAUUAACUACGCCAAACUCGACAUUUUUUCGCAUCCGGAGCAACGUUCUGCCUUGAGCGCCAACACUGUCCGAUGGAUAGCACCACACUGGGGCCACGUUGACGAGAUCACAGACUUGUGGAAGGACCAAGUUCGCCUCUGCUGCUCCGUCCUCGCCAGCCAGAUCGACCACCUGGGUCCCGAGAUCCCGGAUUACAUCCCCAAGAUUAUCCAGUCUUACCUCGUCAUCCAAGCCGUCCCGAAGAAACAAAAGGACCGCCUGUCGCUCCUAUUUCCUACCACUUAUCCCUUCCCCGCGCGUCCCAUCACCGAUGAAGCCGCCUUCGACGAAGCCCUCAUCGAACUCUCCGCCGUCCUCUCGGCCCUCUCGAAUUCCCCCGCCGGCAUGCAGCUCGAGCUCGCCGAAGAUGACCUACACGUCGUCGUGGAGAACUGCCUGCGCGUGCACAUGAGCAUCCUCCAGGGGGAGACCUUCCCGGCCGACUGGCUCAGCGCCCACAUCUUCCACCACAAGUCGACCAUGCGUACCUUGCAAUACCUGGCCGGCAUUCUGCUCGACUCGUUCCUGCCCCACCCGGAUGAGGCCGAGAACUUCAAUACGGAGCUAUGGAAGCUCUUCUUCACCACCCUACUGAGCCUGGUUGGGAGCCCGUCGCUCGCGCUCGAGACCUUCCCGGAGCAGAAGCGCCGCGCCGUGUGGAAGAUCGCCGGGGACGUGCGCGAGCACGGCGCCGACCUGCUGCGGAGGACCUGGGAGGCCAUAGGAUGGGACACCACCCUCGAGGAGCGCGCGCGCUACAGCCUGGCCAAGAUGGGCGGAUACCAGGUGCAAUACGUGCCGACGCUGGUCGGGCCCAUCGUCGAGCUGUGCCUGAGUGUCCACGAGGGCCUGCGCCGCAUGGCGGUUGAGGUGCUGCAGACCAUGAUUGUUAGCGAGUGGACCCUUAGUGAGGAUCUGUCGGUCAUUCAGACUGAGAUGAUUGACUGUCUGGAUGUGUACUUCAAGUCGAAGCCGCUGACGGAGAGCAUUCUGCAGAAGUUAUUUGUGGGAGAGCUGUUGGAGCGGUUUGAGCCGCUCGCCAGGGGGAAGGAUGAGGCGCUUUUUGGGGCGCUGAGGGAUCUGACGGAUACGGUGGAUGUGUUCUUGGACUUGUUGGUUGCGGUGCACAGUGGUGAUGGGUCCGGCGAGGCCUCGCACCUGAUCCACCGGCUACGGCUGAUGGAGUUCCUGCGCGAUAUGCAAAAGGAGGAGAUAUUCAUCCGCUAUGUCCACCAGCUGGCCAACCUCCAGGCGGAUGCUAGGAACCACGCCGAGGCUGGUUUGGCCCUUCGGUUGCAUGCCGACGUGUACGACUGGGACCCCCUGAAGACGACCCCUGCCCUGCAAGACCCCGAGUUCCCUGCUCAGACCCACUUUGAGCGCAAGGAGCGCAUCUACUUCGACAUGAUCAAGCAUUUCGAAGACGGCGAGGCCUGGAGCAGUGCCCUGGCCGCGUACAAGGAGCUGCAGGCCCAGUACGAGACGAACACGUUCGACUUCGCCAAGCUCGCCCGCACCGAGCGCGCCAUCGCGACCAUCUACGAGACGAUCGCCAAGAGCGACAAGCUCGUGCCCAAGUACUUCAAGGUCAUGUUCAAGGGCCUCGGCUUCCCGGCCAGCGUGCGCGAGAAGGAGUUCGUCUUCGAGGGUUCCCCCGCCGAGCGCACCUCCAGCUUCACCGACCGCAUGCAGGAGAUGUACCCGUCGGCUCGCAUCGUCACGAACGAGAACAUCGACGACGUCGAGGGCCAGUUCCUCGUCAUCUCGACGCUGAGCCCGCACCGCGACCUCGGCCACCACGUCUUCCAACGCGCCCGCGUGCCGCAGAUCAUCCGAGACUAUCUCAUCUCGGCUCAUCCGCAGGCGUUCUCUGUUACCAGCAAGCGGAACACCAGCGGCCCCGUGGCGGAGCACUCCAUCGAGAAGAUCGUUUAUACCACGGCGGAGCCGUUCCCGACGAUUCUAAGGCGGAGUGAGAUUGUGGCCAUGCAGGAGGUGCGGCUGUCGGCGAAGGAGACGGCGCUCGAGAGGAUUGUGCGGAAGACGGCGGAUAUGUCGGCGCUUGAGAAGAAGGUGGCGGAUGGCGAGGGCGGGGACGAGAGCGCGCAACUGCUGGUAGAUGCUGUUAGCAUCAGUGUGAAUCGCAACUCGGAGAGCAGCGUGGUGGCCUACCGCGAGCUCAUACCCGACAUGUCGCGAACGGCAUCGCCGAGGGAUUUCGAUGCCGAGCUCGGGGCGCCCGAGUUUGACCCGCAGGAGAAUGCCAUCAAGAUGGCGCUGGUCGACCACGCAAUCAUGCUCAAGAGGUGUCUGGCGACGUUUACGAAGAGCGGGAACGAGAUCCUCACGCGGCAUGUGGAGGAUCUGCAGCGGUUCUUCGAAUCAACCUACGCCCCCGAGAUCUCGAUUUUCACUCCCGUCCAGCCCAUCCGCGAGACCACCACCCCGUCUCCCACAUGGCCCCGUUCGCCCGCCACCGCGCUCGGUAAUACUCCUCACCACGCCGCUACCAAGUCCACUUCAACCGUCCCCAACGGCGCCGUAACAGAAGAAGCAACCCUUGUCCAACCCGUACCCCUGCAAAAAGGCCGCGGGCCCCGCCUCAGCUUCCUCGGCGGCCGCAAGAAGGAUCAGCAGCCCCCGCGGGACGUCAACAGCGACCAACACCAAGCCGCCAUCCAAGAAGAGCCUGAGCACGCCUCAUCCGCAGCCAAGAGCACCACCUCAUCAACCAAAGAAGCCCCGACUAACAACCGGCGCUCGUUCUUCCGCACCCUUCCGCAAGUAUCUGCCAGCGAGGCCGGAAGGGCAUCGUCGAGGGAACGCGGCGGCGGCGGGCACACCAACGGCACCGGCGCCGGACCGUACUAUGCGCCCUCGCAGCCCUCGCAAUCUCACCUCCCCGACCUGAGUCCCGGCGGCUCGGAGGUGAUUUCGUCGUCUUCGCCCGCCACUAUCAACGGUGGUGGUGGUGGUGGUGGUGGGUUUGGUGGCGGCGAGAAGGGGGCGUACCACGCGCACGUGUACGAGGCGACGCCGCCGCCGCAGGAGGGGCAUGGGUCGUCGUCCCCUGGGGCGGCGCCGUCGCAGGGGGGUCAUUCGUCGAUUAUGGGGCUGGGACAUGGAGUGGGGAGCGUGAGGAAGAGGUUGAGUAUAUUGAGGCUGGGGAAGAAGAGUAGUCGCGAGAGAGGGGGGGGUGGGUUGGGGGGAGUGGAUGAGGAGUGA